UAAUGUCUUCAAAUAUUUCAAAUGCCUCCGUAAAAACAAAUGAGAUCACUUAUAUGAUUGCUGAAUACAACUUUGAAGAAGAGAUGCUUGAAAUAGCGGCUCUUUAGCAAACUUUCUCUGAUUAAUUUGACGAUCUUGUAGGAAUAAAUAUAUAAGCUCUAGAAGAAAAACAAAAAAAAGAUUAGUAAGACUAUAAGCUAAUUAUAUUUUAGAAAGUUGAACAAGAUGAAGUUUAGAAUUAGAAAAUCUACAAAAUAAAUAAGAAAAGGGAACAAAAUUAAUGAAAUUUAAGUGAAAAAGCAAUCUAUUGUGGAGAGAAGUCCCUUGAAUACAGAUUAUUUUAAUAAUCAUUACUUUGAAAUAAAAAAGUAUUAAGGGGAAUGGCAAAAAUAAGAAUAGGAAGCUUUUGAAGAACAAUUGGCUAUUCCCCUCUAUUAAAAUGGCUUCCAAACAUAAAGUAUGUGUUUUUUAAUUAACAUUUAGAAUUGUUUUAUAAAGAUUAACAAGAUAUUAUGGAUAUUAACAGGGUUGAUUUAAGCAUAAACAGAAGCAUUAAUAAUUUGAACAAAAACUCAAUGAAUUUAAGUUCGUCGUCAUCAAAUCUAAGUUCGAUUUGAA